AAAAAAUAUCUUCUUUCUUCUUCUUCUCUCAACAACUUCACCUUUCAGACAUCAAAACAUUCUUCAAGAUAAUGUUUGAUGAAACCGAACUGUUCAUGAUCUUACCAUCAUCAACAGAAUCCUUAAGCAGCAGCAGCAGUUCCAUGUCAAAACAGAAUAAAACAACCAAGAAAAACAACAAGCAAAGAUUCAGUGAAUCCCAGAUCCAAUCAAUGGAAACCAUGUUCGAAUCAGAAACAAAACUCGAACCAGCAAAGAAACUGCAACUAGCUAAAGAACUUGGUCUCCAACCUCGACAAAUAGCCAUUUGGUUUCAAAACAGAAGAGCAAGAUGGAAGACAAAACAGCUUCAUAAGGAAUACACAAUCCUACAUAACAGUUACAACAAUCUGGCUUCUCAAUUUGAUAUCCUUAAAAAAGAGAAACAAUCUUUACUCUUCCAGAUUCAAAAUCUGAGUGAACUGUUGGAAAAGAAAUCAGGAGGAGCUGUUGUAAAAGAUGAAACUUGGAAGGAAGAAAAUAAUAAUAAUGGGUUUCUUUUGGAGGAUAACUAUUUAGGAUUGCAGAUUGAAGAUGAAGAAAUGGGGAAAAUGGUAGAGAAUUGCUUACUAGACCAAUGUGGUAGUAGUUAUAAUCAAUGGUGGGAUGUCUAGACAAAAGUUAAAUAAAAAAUAAACCAUGUAAAUAUCAUAACCACCCCUGGGCAUUUAGAGUAGUCUUUGUAUUAGUGUUUAGUUAACAAAAUCGAAUUUUGGGUGUUUCUUUUCCUUUCAUUUC